AUGGGUUUCACCGACUUUGUUUCCGACAGUGGCCUCCUGCUCUUGAACAACUGGCUCCAGACACGCUCAUACAUCGCUGGCUAUACCCCAUCACAAGCCGAUGCCGUGAGCUUCAAGGCUCUGAAAGAAGCCCCCAAAGUCGAGAAGUAUCCUCAUGCUUACCGCUGGUACAACCAUGUCAAGUCCUACGAGGGCGACUUCUCCACACUACCCGGCGACCCAUCCAAGCCAUUCACCACCUAUGGCCCCGAAGCCGUGGCAGUGACACAAAACCCCAAGGAUGCCCCCGAAGAUGACGAGGAUGAGGUUGAUCUGUUCGGCUCCGACGAGGAGGAGGAAGACCCAGAAGUUGUUGCCGAGCGUGAGAAGAGAUUGGCAGACUACAAGAAGAAGAAGGAGGGCAAGGCCAAGCCAGCCGCGAAGUCCAUUGUCACACUUGACGUCAAGCCUUGGGAUGACGAGACAGAUAUGGAAGAACUGACGAAGAAUGUUGUGGCCAUCGAGAAGGAUGGUCUCACCUGGGGUGGUCACAAGUUGGUCGCUGUCGGCUUUGGUAUCAAGAAGUUGCAGAUCAAUGUGGUCAUUGAGGACGAGAAGGUCUCCGUGGAUGAGCUCCAACAGCAAAUCGAGGAAGAUGAAGACCACGUUCAAUCUACCGAUGUCGCCGCCAUGCAGAAGCUGUAA